AUGUCCAGACUCUGGAAGGAUUCGGAGAAGCUCCGACAGGUUCUGAGUGCCAACACCGAGACUUCGACAAGCUUUGAGGGACUGUACGAUGAGAAUGUCAACUUCAAGUACAAGUUGAGCCGUGCCAACUUUGAGAAGAUGGCUGCUGAGUACGUUGCCCGUAUUGGAACCCCAGUGCAGCAGGCUUUAACAGCGGCCGGUCUUGAAUUGAGCGAUAUCGAAUCUGUCGUGCUUCACGGUGGAGCCAUUCGGACUCCCUUCGUCCAGAAGCAAUUGGAGAACUUUGUCGGCUCUUCUAAGAAGAUCAGAACCAACGUCAACGCUGAUGAGGCGGCUGUGUUUGGUGCUGCCUUCAAGGGAGCUGCUCUGAGCCCUAGUUUCCGUGUUAAGGAUAUUCGCGCCGGUGAUGCCGCUACAUACCCAAUCUCCUUGAAGUGGAACUCGGACGACAAGCAACGGAACCAGAAAUUGUUCACCGCCACUUCCCAGGUUGGUCCCGAGAAGCAAGUCACUGUGAAAAACCUGGAGGAUUUCGAAUUCAGCUUCGCCCAGCAUGUUUCCCAGGAUGGAGAACAGCCUAUCCUCAGUGUCCAAACCCUGAACCUCACUGCAUCUGUUGCUAAGCUCAAGGAUGAGUUUGGCUGCACCGAUUCAAACAUUACCACGAAGUUCACGAUCCGCCUCAGCCCCAUGGACGGUCUUCCCGAAGUUGUGGCUGGUACGGUUAGCUGCGAGGUGGAGUCGGAGAAGAAGGGAAUUGUUGAAGACGUCAAGGGCUUCUUCGGCCUCGGCAAGAAAGAUGAGCAGGAGCCCCUCGGCGAAGAUGGUGAGCCUCGUGAAUCGAUCACCCUCGAGUCCGAGACAGAGUCCUCCACUUCAUCCUCCGCCAGUUCCAAGUCCACCACCACGUCCACCAAGGACGCAAAGAAGGAUGCUAAGAAGGACGCAAAGGCCACUCCUCAGGUCAAGCUUGAAGUUAUCCCGAUCAGUCUGAAGUCUGUCACACUUGGAACUCCGGCGCCAUCAGUCGCAGAGCUCGGUCGCAUCAACGGCCGCCUUCUUGCCUUCGAUAAUUCGGACCGUGAUCGUAUCCUGCGCGAAGAAGCUCUUAAUGAAUUGGAAUCUUUCAUCUACCGUAGCCGAGACCUCGCCGAUAACGAGGAGUUUAUCAAGGCAGUCAAGCCGGAUCAGCUGACUGUUCUCUCCGAGAGAGUUUCCCAGGCCAGCGACUGGCUGUACGAAGAGGGUGACAACGCCAAGACUGCCGAUUUCCAGUCGAAGCUCAAGGACCUGAAGGCCAUCGUCAACCCUGCACUGAAGCGGAUGAAGGAGAGCUCUUCUCGCCCAGCACGCGUGCAGUUGCUCAAGGACAUGCUAAAGAACGCCGAAUCCAUGAAGGAAUUGAUCAAGAACCAGAUCGAUAACGACGAGCAGAUCUACUCCUCUUCCCUCUCGGCCUCAAGCGCAUCCUCCACCUCCACUUCUACCGAAACUAGCACUAGCUCAUCGACCUCAGCCCCCGCCGCUUCUGACGAGGGUCUCGAUGAUCUCGAUGAAGACGCAUACUCCGCUUCUUCUUCAUCAUCCACCACAUCUACAAAGAGUGCUGCUACGGCCAAGCCCACAGGCCCCAAGUACUCCCUCUUUACCCCCGCCGACCUCACGGCCAUCACACAAGGCCUACGACUUACCGAGUCUGACGACCCUGCUUUGACCGUUGUGGAGGUUGACUCACGGCUGCGCGAGUUCGAGCGUAUCCUUAACCGCAUGUACGAGAGGAUGACCGCAAAUGCUGGCCAACAGAAGAAGAGCAGCAGCAGCGGAAAGAAAGCAUCUAAGGAAAAGAAAAAGCCCGAGGCCGAGAAGAGCAAGGGUAAGGGCAAGGAUCAGCCCGAGGAGAAGGAGGAUCUUCCCAAAGAUGAGCUGUAA